UAAACUAAAUUAGCUCGUUACCUAAACUAGCCAAGCUCUCUCGUUAUCCAGCCCUUAUUGCUCCCUCCCCCAACCCCUGGCCAACCUGGCCUCCAAUAAACGGACACCGCAACCAGACAAGACAAACCCAGAGCGGCAGCGGAGUCGCACCCCUCCCACACCACCACCCCGCUAACGAACUCUACCCUCCUCCCGCCCCGCGCGAGAGUCUCUCAGAGACAACCCACGCCAUGCGACCGGGCGGCCUGCCGAGCCAGCCUGGCACGCCGGGGCGGACGCGCCGGCGCCCGGAUCUCACCCUCCCCAUGCCCCAGCGCGAGGUCGCCACCUCCCUCGCCGUCCCGCUCCCGCUCCCGCCCCCGUCCUUCGCCGGGACAGGAGGAGGGCCCACCCCACUGGCCGCGACGGCGGGCGGUCCCGCGCACGCCGCGGCGCAGCCGCCCCCGCUGGCGGAGCUGGAGCGCGUCCGCCGCGUCGGCAGCGGGGCCGGCGGGACCGUGUGGAUGGUGCGCCACCGCCCCACGGGCCGCGCCUACGCGCUCAAGGUUCUCUACGGUAACCACGACGACGCCGUGCGACGCCAGAUCGCGCGCGAGAUCGCCAUCCUCCGCGCCGCUGACCACCCCGCCGUCGUCCGCUGCCACGGCAUGUUCGAGCGCGGCGGGGAGCUCCAGAUCCUGCUCGAGUACAUGGAUGGCGGGUCCCUCGACGGCCGCCGCAUCGUCGCCGAGCCCUUCCUCGCCGACGUGGCGCGCCAGGUGCUUGCGGGGAUCGCCUACCUCCACCGCCGCCACAUCGUGCACCGCGACAUCAAGCCCUCCAACCUCCUCAUCGACUCCGCGCGCCGCGUCAAGAUCGCCGACUUCGGCGUGGGGCGCAUCCUCAACCAGACUAUGGACCCCUGCAACUCCUCCGUCGGCACCAUCGCCUACAUGAGCCCCGAGCGCAUCAACACCGACCUCAACGACGGCAACUAUGAUGGCUACGCCGGUGACAUCUGGAGCUUCGGACUCAGCAUUCUCGAGUUCUACCUGGGCAGGUUCCCCUUCGGGGAGAACCUCGGAAAGCAGGGGGACUGGGCCGCGCUCAUGUGCGCCAUCUGCUACUCCGAUCCGCCGGAGCCGCCUCCCACCGCCUCACCGGAGUUCCGGGGCUUCAUCAGCUGCUGCCUCCAGAAGAACCCGGCCAACCGGCUAACGGCCGCGCAGCUGCUGCAGCACCCGUUUGUUGCCGGGCCGCAGCCGCAGCCCCUCGCUGUUCCGCCGUCAUGACGAUCAUUUGGGAUUGGAACUACUGUGGAUCUCAAUCCAAUCCUUGGCUACAGUGUCACCUCCAAUCCCGCAUCAGGUGGUUGGAUGCAACGGCGGUGUCAAGGGAACUCACUCAUCUUGGAAAGCUCUUCCUGGCCAUUUUGGGUGUUUUGUCCAUCAUCAUCGUCCUCUUCCAUUGCCGCUGGUGUUGCCGUUGCUGCUGCAAUUAAGGUCUCCUUUUGAAUUUCGUUGUAGCCAUUUUGGGUGUUCUGUCCAUCAUCGUCGUCCUCAACCAGCUCCUCGCUGCGAUUAAGGUGGUGCUGCCAAUUCGACCGGGAGCCCUGACAUCGCGUGUGGCCACUGGGCC